GCAGGAGCUGGUCGUGAAGCCGGAGCGGCCAUCUUGGUGCAUCAAGGAGAGCUAGAGGAAGACGAGAGACAGGCCGGGCCCCGGGGCCGGAGGAGGAGGAGAGGGCCCUGGAUAGCCGAGUUCAAGAGGGAAAGAUGUCUGAGACAUACGACUUUCUAUUCAAGUUCCUGGUCAUUGGUAGUGCAGGAACAGGGAAGUCCUGCCUCCUGCACCAGUUCAUUGAAAGCAAAUUUAAACAAGAUUCCAAUCAUACGAUCGGUGUGGAGUUUGGAUCCAGGAUCGUGAAUGUUGGUGGUAAAUCGGUGAAACUCCAGAUCUGGGAUACAGCUGGACAGGAAAGGUUUAGAUCUGUUACCCGCAGCUACUACAGAGGAGCAGCAGGGGCACUGCUAGUCUAUGACAUUGCAAGCCGGGAGACUUACAAUUCUCUCACCAACUGGCUGACUGAUGCCCGGACACUGGCCAGCCCUAACAUCAUCAUCAUCUUAUGUGGCAACAAGAAGGAUCUGGAAGCAGAGCGAGAGGUGACGUUUCUAGAGGCAUCCCGGUUUGCCCAAGAGAAUGAGCUGAUGUUUUUGGAAACCAGUGCUCUGACUGGAGAGAACGUGGAAGAAGCAUUCUUAAAAUGUGCCCGGACGAUAUUAAAUAAAAUAGACUCAGGAGAGCUUGAUCCAGAGAGGAUGGGAUCUGGGAUCCAGUAUGGAGAAGCCUCGCCACGGCACGCAAAGCACAUGCAUGGGACGCAGCUGCAAAACAGACAACAGUGCAACUGUUAAGCAGCAAGAGAGAAAUAUUCCUGUGAAUCUACUGUUCAGACGACGAUGCACUUUUCGUCAUGCCCCCCCCCACCCCCAGGACUAGACUGCACGUUUCCCUGAAAUAUUGCACUUAAUCUACAUGAAGGCUAUCCCAACUGUCUCCUCUCUUUCUAUAUAUGUAUAUCUGUGUUUAGAAGCCCCCAUGACGGCCUGGCUCCUGAUACGGCUCUCAACGCACCCGUAAUAUUUAAUAAUCUCCCAUCCCUGCUUCUCUCAUAGCCUGUUACCUCCAUUCCAUGAAAGUGCUGAAGAGUCGGCGCUGCUGCCGGUGAGUCCUUUUCAAGUGACUUUAGUAGACCAGGCGUAGGAGACAUUGAGGCCCGAUGGUGAAGGUGUGACCUGGAGUGAGAUUACUCGGAGAGGACUUGCUGGUAGUGAAAUCACUUUUUUCGUUUUGUUUAUCAGAAGCUGAGAACGAAGAGUUGCCCUAACCAGUGGCACACACCUUUUUAUGGAGCAAACGUGUUUGAAGACUUUUUUUUUUUUUUACGCCGGCGGUACAGCCAAAAAUCUGACCACUGAAGUCCUCACCUCUCCUGAGAAGAAUCUGAGCUUGCGUAUUAAGAAUAAAGAACAGGUCCUGAGCCCCAGUCCGUCCGUGGCAGACAGCUGCCCACUUAAUGCCUCCAGUGCUUAUGUACUGCGUAUUAUCCACGUCCCAUAAUGCUUUGCUGCUUUACAGAGCUGACGUUCUCCUCUGCCGCCAUAUUAAGUUGCCAUAAUUUGAUUUCUGAGGCUCUACAGGACACAUUGGCCUUCUGUGCUCUGUCCUGUUCUAUACAUCACUAUGGCUGGAAACUGUAUUUCUAUGUACAUGUCUACCAUAUAUAUAUAUGUUUUGUGUCUGUCUUAAUUAUCUUGUUUGAUGAACAGGAAAAUGUUGCUUUACUUUUUUUCUUUUUCUUUUUUUUUU